AAUAAGACGUGUCAGUUGGUAGACUGUAGAGUAUUGACUUUUAAGUUCAAUAAAAAUAAAAGAGCAUUAAUUCUAUUAGGUAUGUUACUAAAAAAUAUAUAAAUAUUGUUCAGGAUGACUUCUUUAUUGAAUAAAAGUGGUGAUUUUACAAACAAUACUGUAAGGCAGCUUGUGAAUGAUGCUGAUUAUGCUGCAGUCGAACUAUUUAAAGGAUAUCCGGACGGUUUACUGAAGUUUGCAUCUGCAUGCUGUGUAAUUUCGAUGAUUAUUGGAGUCCCUGGAAACAUUAUUACUAUACUAGCAUUGGCGAGAUACAAAAGAGUCCACAACGCAACUGCGAUAUUUAUAAUGAACCUAUCCUGCGCCGACCUGCUCUUCUGCUGUAUUACUCCAUCUCUCGCUGCCACCGCUUUCUGGAAUCGUGCCUGGACGCAUGGCAGAUUCCUCUGUCGUCUCUACCCACCUGCGAGAUACACCUUAAUUGCAGUUUCUAUUUUCACUAUUUUGGCCAUAACUGUUAACAGAUACAUCAUCAUUGUUUACCCUAGAAUGUACCGCAAGAUUUAUCAAAACAGAAAUUUAGCGAUAAUGUUAGCUGUUAUUUGGAUUUUUCCAAUACUGGCAUUGAUACCGACAUUUUUGGGAAAAUGGGGUAGAUUUGAUUUGGACCCCUUAAACGGAUCAUGCACAAUGGUUCCUGAUGAAAACAAGAGAUCUCCGAAGCAAUUUAUGUUUAUAGCAUCAUUUGUUUUACCAUCUAUACCAAUAUUUUUCUGCUACGCACGAAUAUUCUUUCUAGUACGAAAAGCAACACAAAAAUCUCAGAACUCGGAUACUAAUAAGAACUCUCCAAGUUCAAGUAACCAAGAUACAUUAACAGGUGACUCCUCAUCAAUAACUGUGAGAGUCACUGCUAUGGACAGCGAUGACAGUGAAGGAAAUGGAAAUGGGGUACCCUUAAAAGAUAUCGGGACUGCAAAAUCGGAACAUUGUAGAACCUCAACAAUAGAAACACCGGACGAAACAACUUGUUAUACUGAUGAAGAACCUUUAGAGUCUGGACCACCGAAAAUUCGUAGAAAUGUGUUGAAGAGAUCUAUGGCAUUGCUUAAAAUUUCUCUACCAACGCGCAAAGAUAAAAGACUAGGAACAAUGAUAGUAGCUAUUAUGACAUCAUUUUGCUUGUGUCACCUUCCAAUAGUGUUGACGAAGGUAUUACGCUGGAUAACCCCUCACCCUGCAGUCAACAUUACAGCCCACAUUCUUUUGUACUUCUCAUCUUGUAUUAAUCCCGUGAUCUACGUCGUCAUGUCAAAUGAAUAUCAAAAAGCCUAUAGAAAUUUGUUUGAUUGUGGAAGGAAACGUACCUUACUUUAAAUAAGUAACGAUAAUGAUACAUCACCUGCCAUGAUGAUGAUCUCGCUGCCAAUUAGAUGCUAGACUUCAAUAAUAAUUAUGCUUUUAUGAAAGGAAUUGUGGUGUUAGGUCAAUUUCAAUAUAGACAUGUUUCGUAAUCAGUAAAUCAGAAGAUGCAAAACGCACGAGAGUAGAUGAGAUAGCGCUCUACAAAUAUGAUCUAAGUGUUGUAACUCGUAGUUUUAUGUCAUUACUUUAGAUAUGCAUGUAAUCUAUUUCUUUUUUAACCCCCCGACCCAAAAAGAGGGGUGUUAUAAGUUUGACGUGUGUAUCUGUGUAUCGGUCUGUGGCAU